AUGAACGCCGUCGGCGACGCGCAGGCCGCCGUGCCUUUCGAUCUCGAUUUCAUGAACCUGCUGCUGCGGGACGACCUCGUCGACGCCUACGCGAACGAGACGGGCCGGAAGGAGCCCGCGACGUUCGAAGAGCUCGCGGAUUUCGCGGAGCACUUCGACGGCCGCGAUUUGAACGGCGACGGCGAGGCGGACGUGGGCAUCUGCACGCUCAACGGCGCGGGGCCCGGGGGUCCCCAGGCGCUCCUCAUGCAGAUCGCCGCGGCGAAGCUCGCGUACACGGGCACGUCGCAGGGCCUGUUCUUCGACCCCGAGUCGCGCGACCUCGAGCCCUUGGCGGACAACGCGGGCUUCCGCGAGGCCGCGGCGCUGGCGCGGCGGCUCUGGAUGGUUUCGCUGGACUCCGAGGACGGCGGCUGGGCCUACCUCCACGAGGACGCGUGGCUCGACGGCCGCUGCGGCGCCUACCUCUGGCUCACUGGGUCCGUGGCCUACGUGACGACGCUGCGCGAGGUCGGACGCCGGGACGGCAACGGGACCUACGUCUGGCAGCCCACGUGGCCGGGCACGGGCGCCUACCGCGCGCCGCGCCGCGUCUUCCCGCCCGGGUCCGCGACGGUGCUCGACCGCGCGUCGGGCGAGAUGCGGCGGUGCACGGCGGAGACGGGCGCGGGCGUCAACGCGGCCGCGGAGGUCCACUGCCCCUUCCUCGACGCCGCGCGCGACGAGCGCGACGGCGUCUGGGUCAACCGCGUGCCCUACUACUACUCGGCCUACCAGCACUCGUCGAUCAGCAUCAACGCCAAGGCCACGGAGCCGCGCAAGGCGCUCGUCUGGGACUUUGUGGUCUUCGCGAACGUCGACGCGCUGGACGUCGUCGCGCAGCGGCUCGGCCCGACCUACCUCGACCCCUUCCGGCGGUCCCAGCUCGACGCGUCCCACGAGGAAGUGUACGACGACGCCUUCGGCGCGCGCGAGUACGCGGCCAUGCGCGACGUCUUUUUAUGGGCGGGGUCGUCGCCGAACGCCGCGCUGCCGCUGUCGCUCGCGGGCCGCGAGGACUUCGAGCACGCGCUCGAGAAGGCGAUCUGGCAGUUCUUCCUCGACGUCGCGCCCUGCGUGGACCACGUCGAGUGCAAGUGCGCCGCGUUCGCCGGCGGCCGCGCGAACAACCCGGACUGCGGCUACGGAUGGGGCGCGCGGAACGCGACGGUCUGGCGCGCCGCGAAGCGAAACGGCCGCGGCUCCCUCGACCUCGACGGCUUCGUGGGCGCCGUCGUCGACGGCUACGCGUCGGCGCGCGACCGCCACUACGGCGUCGGCGGCGCGCUCGACGCCGCGAACGACCACCGCGUCGCCAUCGGUUUAGGGCCCUUCGCGCCCGUCGCGUCGUCCGCGUCCAAGUCGUCCGCGCGCGCCGCGCGGCGCCUCCGCCUCGCCCUCGUCGCGGUCCUCGGGCUCUGCGCUUUGACGGCGUGCUGCGUCGCCGGCCGCGGCGUCCGCCGGACCUACGCCAAGGCCGCGCGGCUCGAGGCGACGCGCGCGCGCGAGGUCGCGGCGCAGCGCGCCGAGGCGACGCGGCGCGAUUUGCGGCGGCGCCACCGCGACGACUUCUUCCGGCGCAACUUCACGGUCUUCGUCAGCCACCAGUGGCUCGGCCGGGACCACCCGGACCCCGACGGCGUCCAGUACGCGGCCAUCUGCGCCUCGCUCGCCGACCUCGCGGCCAAGGCGCGCCGCCCGCUGCGCGACAUCUUCGUCUGGUUGGACUACGGGUCCAUCCCCCAGACCUGCAAGCCCGUCCAGCGCCUGAGCGUCCUGUCGCUGCCGUCCCUCGCGUCGGCCGUCGACGUCUUCCUCGCCGCCGCGCCCAAGGCCCUGAACCGCGACACGCUCGAGGCCUGCGACGCGGCGACGUACGCGUCGCGGGCCUGGUGCCGCGCGGAGAUCUUCGCGCACUUCUCGCGCCGCGGCGGCGACGUCAUGUACUUCGCCACGGCCGACGGCGUCCGCCCCAUGUUCCCGAAGCCCCGGGGCGGCGACCUCAAGUGCGCGCCCUGCGCGCCGGUUGAGGCCGGCGCGGACUUCUUCAAGAGCGCGCUCGACGUCAUGCACGGCAAGCUGACCUGCUGCCGCCACGGCCACGCGUCGGGCCAGCCCUGCGACCGCGAGGAGCUCGUCCUCCCGCUCAUGGGCCUCUUCUCCGAGGUCUACCGGGCCCGCGGCGACGGCGCGAAGCACAUCUACGGCGCCAUCGUCGAGGGCGGCGGCGCCGACUACUACUUCCCCCACUCCUUCGACUACGUCACGCCCUCGAAGACCGUCGUGCGGCGCGUGCUCUUCGGCGACCUGCCCCGCGCGAUCAUGGCCAAGAUCGACGCGGACCUCGGCCUCGCGCCCGCGCCGCGCGCGCCCUUCGUGACGCCGGGCGCGGACACGCGCCGCGACGCGGGCCUCCUCGAGGAGAAGUCGUCGUCGCGGGGGUUCUUCGCCCGGCCGCGCCUCCCCCUCUGGCGCGCCUCCGUGUCCACGGCCGACAGCGACGUCCGCGACGCGUCCCUCGGCGACUCGGACGGCCGCCGCGCCUCGGGCUCGUUCGACGCGGCGACGCCCGCCGACGAGCUGCUGGCCUCCGACUCCCUGCGCCACGACGCCGACGACAAGAAGGGCGCCGUCGCCCGCCUCGCCGCGACGCCGACGACGGAAUUCCGCGAGGUCGGCCUCGAGGUGCCCUAG